UCAUCAUCAUCAUCGUCAAUUCACGUCCAUCACACAUACACUAGAUCACUGCCGUUCACAACGGGUACCCGGCGCUUUAUCCUCUGCCCAUGAUCCAAUCGAGAUAGCGAGCGCUCUUCCGAAUGUCAUCCAAGAACAGACUCUUGGUGGUCGGCGGGAACGGUUAUCUAGGCUCGGCGGUAUGUAGAGCCGCUGUAGCUCGAGGAUGGUCUGUAUCUAGUUUCAGUUCGUCAGGCCGACCCGCGACCACUCCAGCAGGCCAUCGAAGAGCAUGGACGAAUCACGUCGACUGGCACCGCGCUUCGGCUUUCGAUCCGGACACCUAUUCUCACCUCGUCAAGGAGAGCACUGCCGUAGUACAUACGCUUGGAAUCCUGAUGGAGGGCGAUUACAAGAAGCACGUACGGAGUGGGAACGUCUUUGGGUUGGCAGGAGAUAUCUUGAGGGGUCCGGGGAGUCGGGCUGGACGGACAGAGAACCCGUUGAUGCGAGGCACCGCGGCGCAAGAGGACAAGCACGACGGGUUUGAAGCGAUGAAUCGGGAUUCUGCCCUCUCUGUAUUCCGUACGCUCCUCUCGACGUUACCCGAGCCUUCGACAAGGACGCCAGACAGACCCUUUGUUUUCAUCUCGGCUGAAUCCAUAUUCAGCCCGUUGAUCUCGCCCCGUUAUGUCGAGACGAAACGACAGGCAGAACAAGGGAUCGAGAGGCUGAUCUGGGAGUAUAAGCAGGGCUUGAAACAGGAAUCGGGGGUCAGAGGGGUCUAUGUUCGACCAGGUCUGAUGUACCAUCCUCACGAAAGACCAUUAUCGACUUUACCUGCCGCCUUGCUGGACAUCACCUCGAGGCUCUCAAACCAUCUUCCGUUCUCUCUCUUCCCCCGUUCCACAUCAUCAAACCUGGCCAACCCGCCACCGCCCUCGGGACCGUUCAAGACCCUAUCCUCCCUCUCGUCUUCCUUGGCCAUCCCACCGAUCCACGUAGACCAGGUGGCCGAAUGCGUCUUGCGAUCCAUCGAACACCCGCAGAUCAAGGGGGUCGUCGAUACCAAAGAUAUGAGACGGUGGAUAGGAUUGGACGCGGCGGAAGAGGGGGAAGAGGUCGUCCUGCCUUUCAAGACGAGCGGUGGCAAUGUAGGCCAGCGUGGAGGACACGGAAAGACGCCCUUCCGACCAUCGACGGGAGCGAGAGAGUAUUCCACGGCGGUUGGAACGAGACGAUCUCAGCUUGCAGGGGCGAAGAGGGGGUUGAAGGUGUUUGCGCCUGGAGCUGGACGAGAGCCCGGUUCGAGUUCCGGCACGCUGCGCAACAAUGACCAGGGAUAUAUUAUCGAGCCGCCCUCGCCCGGGCGUGAAGGUUCCGAAUCAACGGUCACCAUGCCGCCCUCCUCUGGAACGAGUAAUCAGGACCAGGUCAUCGAUGCCGCUUCGGUGAUUACGGCGUCCUCUUCUGCUGAGAACAAGAACAAUGGGAAUGGGAACGGAGCAAUGGGCCGGAGUAAUCAUCCUUAUGCGAGUAUGCCGCAGUCGCCGCUGGAAGGGGCCAUGUCGGACGGGCAAGAACCUUUUACCUUGUUGCCCCCUCCCGCUGGGUUUGUCGCCGGACAACCCGGGCCGAGCGAGGGUAUGAAGAAUGAAACGCAAGGACAAGACGGGGGUGUCAGACCCGAACAGUCGGGAAGAAACCCUGAAGGGGACGCAAAUGCACAGGUCGGCUCGACGAUCUCGCCUGGAGCAGCAACGCUUGUCCCACAACACCCUAGCCCGGCACAUCCUUUCGAUACUCACGCCUUUGUGACCCACUUAGAAGGAGCGGGGUUCACCAGCCCCGUGGCGCAUUCCUUAAUGCGUUCCGUCAGGCUGCUCUUGCUGACCCGGAGCACACGAGCUCAGUCUGACCUUUUGCACAAGGAAGAUGUGGAGAACGCAGCUUAUCUGUUCAAGGCGGCGUUGUCGGAACUCCGGACCGAGCUGAACGUCCGCGCCAGGAACGAUGGGCUGGCACUGAGGAGCGCUACGAAUCUGAUUCGACGCGAAGUAGACGCUCUUGAUCAGAGGAUGAAGGAAGAGGUCGGGGGGCUAAAGCACGAGUGAGCCUCGACUGGACGAUAGCUACGCGAGAUCGUUUGCUCAUCCGAUCGGUAUACAACC